AUGGACGCGACCAUGGGGAGCAUCGCCCCGACGGGGCUGAAGGGAAAGCUCGCGGCCCUUGAGGAUUUCAUUUCUAUGCAGAAUGAAGAGCUGGCUGCGCAGCGCCAGGAAAUUGAGAGCCUCCGUGGUGACAAGGCUGGCAUCGAGGAGCACUACCAGGGCCAGCUGCAGGAGCUGAAGAAGACCAUGGUCGGGGACGUGCAGCGCCUUCAGGAUGAGGUAAAGCGGCACUUUGCUCAACAGAAAGCAGAAAAUGCCCGUUUGCAGCAACAGAUUACGACCUUGAAAGGCGAGAAGACGUCCCUGCAGCAGCAGAUUCUGGGUUUGCAAAGGCGGAUCCAGGAAAUCGAAGAACAGGUUGGUGCUGAUUGA